AUGGCCAUUACCACGAUUCCGAGAAGCUGGAGAGAACUCGCGGAAGUCUGCAUUGAUAUACAGCAAAAGUCGAUACCUCAAGCAUACCUGCUUCCUAGCGACCAGCUUCCCUUGAAAGAUCGUUCAAACGUACUAAAUGUCCCAUGCGAGUCUGGCAUCUUGGGUGAGGAGGAAAUUUGGAUGACACAGCAGGAUGCAUCCAGUUUACUAGAAAAGUACAAGAGCGGUCAAUGGACUGUCAGACAAGUUGUUACGGCUUUCCUGAAGAAGACCACCAUCAUUCAUCAGCUGACCAAUUUCGCUACUGAAAUCCUUGCUGAAGAUGCUUUGAAAAAGGCGGACGAGCUGGAUGCGCACUUUCAAGAGACAGGCCAGCUGGCCGGGCCCCUCCAUGGCAUCCCAAUAUCAGUCAAGGAACACAUCGGCAUGGGUGGUCAUAUUACUCAUGCCGGGUUUGUCUCAAAGAUCACAAACGUCCCACUGGAAGACGCUCUUUCCAUCCAGAUUCUGAAGAAAGCCGGGGCGGUCAUCCAUGUUCGAACAAAUCAGCCUCAAAGUCUCAUGCAUUUGGACUGCAACAAUAAUAUCACCGGUUUAACAUUGAAUCCACACAACCUUCUUUGUUCGCCCGGUGGAUCUUCCGGUGGCGAGGGCGUGUCCGUCGGCGCAAAAUGCUCAGUCAUUGGCGUGGGUACGGAUAUUGGUGGCAGUAUACGCAUCCCUGCCGCUUUCAACGGUUGCUAUGGACUUCGACCUACGGCCCUGCGUGUUCCAAACCUUGGGAACUUUGGUAUCACAUCUGGCCAAGAGAGCAUCCGGGGCGUAGUUGGGCCGUUGGGCCAGAGCGUUGAUGAUUUGGAUCUAUUCAUGAAUGCUGUUCUUUCAGCCGAACCCUGGGACACGGAGACCAUGCUAGUCCCAGUGCCUUGGAGACCCGUUCAACUCAAGAUAGAGAUCACAGUGGGAAUCAUGCUUGACGAUGGUUUUGUCAAACCACAUCCUCCCGUCCUCCGGGCGCUUCAUUCGGCCGCGGACAAGUUGAAACAGGCAGGGGUCAAAGUAGUAGACUGGGAACCCUACGAUCACGAACGUGGCUGGGAAAUAGUAUCCGCCUUAUACUUCCCCCAAGGACCGAAGCCAUAUCUCGACACUUUUGCUGAAAGCAGCGAGCCUGUCCUUCCACUCACCGAGCACGCCUUCAAGUUCUCAAAAGCCGAGCCACUUACGGUAGCGGAAAACUGGGACCUGAACUACAGAAGAGAGGCAUAUAGGCGAGAUUAUCACGCUCUCAUGAAGCAGAAAGGCGUGGAUGUCAUCAUCUGUCCAGCGUACGUUGGUGCUGGUGUGUUGCAGGGCGGUGCCCAGUACUGGAACUAUACAGCUAUAUGGAACGUUCUUGAUCAACCAGCAGCCAUUCUGCCGAGCGGUCUCAAAGUUGACAAAGCGAUUGACAAGCUCGAAGAGGGCUACACGCCCAGAAACAACGAUGAUGCCAAAGAAUGGAAAGCUUAUGACGCAGAUCUUUUCCAUGGCAUGCCUAUUUGUUUACAAGUUGUAGGCAAGCACUUUCAUGAUGAAGAAGUGCUACAGGCCACCAAGCUGGUAGACCAGAUCUUGAAGGCAUAG